AUGCAGCACUACGGGGUGAACGGCUACUCGCUCCACGCUAUGAAUUCACUGAGCGCCAUGUACAACCUUCACCAGCAGGCGGCGCAACAGGCCCAGCACGCCCCUGACUACAGGCCCUCGGUGCACGCCCUCACUCUCGCGGAGAGACUGGCUGACAUUAUCCUUGAGGCCCGGUAUGGCUCACAGCACCGAAAGCAGCGGCGCAGUCGGACGGCCUUCACUGCCCAGCAGCUGGAGGCCCUGGAGAAAACCUUCCAGAAGACCCACUACCCUGACGUGGUGAUGCGAGAGCGUCUGGCCAUGUGCACCAACCUGCCCGAGGCCCGUGUCCAGGUCUGGUUCAAGAACCGUCGGGCCAAGUUCCGCAAGAAGCAGCGCAGCCUGCAGAAGGAGCAGCUCCAGAAACAGAAGGAGGCGUCCGGCGCUGCAGAGGGCUCCACAGAGGAUUCCAAGACUGACCUCAACGCCACCAGCGCCAACACCACCACCGCCGCCACAACCACGACCACCACCACCGCCACCACCCUGGUUCCCGAGGCCCGCACUCCUCCCCAUCCCUCCUCCUCUUCAUCCUGUCACUCAGAGACCGAGAGGCAGGCGGCCGCUCGGCCACAACCCGGAGAGAUGAGCGUGGAAGUCAACGUCACCUCCCCCGAGCCGUCGGACGGCGAGUCGGCGGCAGAGGAUAACGCUGACAGGGAGGAGGACGAUAUGAGAGGGGAGAGCGGGGUGAGGAUCAGGGAGGAGACGCACGGGGAGAGGGGAGCGCAGCCUGGGAGCAGCUCCCCAUCCUGCAAACAGCUGAGCCCCACAGCAGACUCCCCCCUGAGCUCCCCCACCAUGCCGUCCUCCAGCGGCGUGGCCGGCGGUUUGCCCCAGAGCAACUCCUACGCUUCGUCUCCUCUCAGCCUCUUCCGGCUGCAGGAGCAGUUCCGCCAGCACAUGGCGGCCACCAACAACAUGGUGCACUACCCGUCCUUUGACAUGAGCCCGCCGCCCUCUCUGCCCUACCUGGGCAUGAACGUCAACAUGCCGUCCCCGCUGAGCUCGCUGCCUUGCCCGUCCUACUACCAGACCCUGUCGCAGGCCCAGCAGGUCUGGAACAGCCCGCUGAUGCAGGCGCCGCCGGGCAGCCUCCCCGGGAGCCUCAACAGCAAGACCACCAGCAUAGAGAACCUCCGUCUGAGGGCCAAGCAGCAUGCAGCCUCGCUGGGAUUGGACACGCUCCCCAACUGA